CCGUCCCGCUACCUCCCGCCCCCAGUUUCCUUUGGCCUCUUGCCGGGUCCAGACGCCUCUGGCCUUGGGAUUUUCCGUCUCUCCUGCCUGGAGCAGUGACUCAUAAGACCCAGGGGAUUUGCCCGGAAUCCCCUUUUUUCGGGCCUGGAUUGGGGAUGCAGGCUCUUUGGGGACAGUGAUCCCCACGGAUUAUGUCCUCUUGUGUGGUCACAGUCUCACCUCACUUUCUUCCUCGAUGGAGGAAAUUCUCAAAUUAAUUUCAGCAACAUUGAGAUGGGUGGAUAGCUGAUGGCCCUGUCUUGGGGGCUGAUCAGAGGAGAAGCAGACACCCACAGUCAGCCUGCCCCUCACCAGGAAUUUGGCUGAGCAGCCCAAAGUCCUGAGUGCUGUGGAGGACCGCAUGGAUGAGCUGGGUGCAUGCAUUGCCCAGUCCCGGCGCACGGUGGCCCUCAUCAAGAGCGCCGCUGUAGCAGAGCGGGAGAGGGUGAGCCAGCUGUUUGCCGAGGCUGCUGCCACCCUGCAGGGCUUCCAGACAGAGGUGCUAGGCUUCAUCGAGGAGGGGGAGGCUGCCAUGCUGGGCCGCUCCCAGGGCGACCUUCGGCGACAGGAGGAACAACGCAGCCGCCUAAGCCGGGCCCGCCACAACCUAGGUCAGGUCCCUGAAGCAGACUCAGUCAGCUUCCUGCAGGAGCUCCUGGCACUACGGCUGGCCCUGGAAGAGGGGUGCGGCCCUGGACCUGGUCCCCCCAGGGAGCUCAGCUUCACCAAGUCCUCCCAAGCUGUCCGGGCAGUGAGAGAUGUGCUGGCCUCGGCCUGUGCCAGCCAGUGGGAGCAGCUGCGGGGGCUGGGCAGCGAUGACGGGCCACAGAAGCUGGGCUCAGAAGCUGACAGCGAGUCCCAGGACCCUGAUAGCACGAACCACCUGGAGAGUGACAUUCCCAGGGACUAUUUCCUCAAGUUUGCCUACAUCGUGGACUUGGAUAGCGACACGGCAGAUAAGUUCCUGCAACUGUUUGGAACCAAAGGAGUCAAGAGAGUGCUGUGUCCCAUCAAUUACCCUGAGUCGCCCACCCGCUUCACCCACUGCGAACAGGUGCUGGGGGAAGGCGCCCUGGACCGUGGCACCUACUACUGGGAGGUAGAGAUCAUUGAGGGCUGGGUUAGCGUGGGGGUCAUGGCCGAAGGCUUCUCCCCACAAGAGCCCUAUGACCGGGGCCGGCUGGGCCGCAACGCAUACUCCUGCUGCCUGCAGUGGAAUGGACGCAACUUCUCUGUCUGGUUCCACGGGCUGGAGGCGGCUCUCCCCCAGCCCUUCUCACCCACGGUCGGAAUCUGCCUGGAGUAUGCCGACCGGGCCUUGACUUUCUAUGCCGUUCGUGAUGGCAAGAUGAGCCUUCUGAGGAGGCUGAAGGCCUCCCGGCCACGCCGGAGUGGUGUUCCGGCCUCUCCUGCCGACCCCUUCCAGAGCCGCCUGGACAGCCACUUUGCAGGGCUCUUCACUCACAGGCUCAAGCCGGCCUUCUUCCUGGAGAGUGUGGAUGCCCAUCUGCAGAUCGGGCCCCUCAAGAAGUCCUGCAUAUCCGUGCUAAAGCGGAGGUGAUGUGGGGCUUCCACCCCUCAGGGAGGAGGACCCCUAGCCUUGUUUCUGGAAGAGAAAGCUUCAGCUGGGAUGGAUCCAGUCUGUCCCAACCCCUCCUUUUCCAGGUUUUUAGACCAGUGCCAGACACACAGUAGGUGCUCAAUAAACUAAACGUUUGCUGAA